CCUCUUCUCACGCCCGGGACGCGCCUCCCUCCCUCCCGCAGCCCAGUCCCGCCGGCUCCACUCUCCGCAGCCGCCUGCUUCGGCCAGGCCGGGUCAGAGCUGAGCAUGGAACCCGGUGAGCCCCGGGAGCCCCGCGAGCUCGGGCCGGGAGCAGAGACCGCCGCGGCCCCGCACUGGGAGGAAGCCAAGACUUUCUAUGACAACCUCGCGCCCCAGAAGAAACCCAAAUCGCCCAAGCCCCAGAAUGCUGUCACCAUUGCUGUGUCCUCCCGAGCCCUGUUCCGCAUGGACGAGGAGCAGCGGAUCUACACGGAGCAGGGCGUGGAGGAAUACGUGCGCUACCAGCUGGAACACGAGAACGAGCCCUUCAGUCCUGGACCAGCCUUCCCCUUCGUGAAGGCUCUGGAGGCUGUGAACAGGCGGCUGCGGGAGCUGUACCCUGAGAGCGAGGACCUCUUCGACAUCGUCCUGGUGACCAACAACCACGCUCAAGUGGGCGUCCGUCUUAUCAACAGCAUCAACCACUAUGACCUGUUCAUCGAGAGGUUCUGCAUGACAGGCGGCAACAGCCCCAUCUGCUACCUCAAGGCCUAUCACACCAACCUCUACCUGUCGGCUGAUGCAGAAAAAGUGCGGGAAGCCAUUGACGAGGGAAUCGCAGCGGCCACCAUCUUCAGCCCCAGCAGGGACGUGGCCGUGUCCCAGAGUCAGCUGCGCGUGGCCUUCGACGGGGACGCUGUGCUUUUCUCGGACGAGUCAGAGCGCAUUGUGAAGGCCCAUGGGCUGGACAGGUUCUUUGAGCAUGAGAAGGCCCAUGAGAACAAGCCUUUGGCCCAGGGCCCCUUAAAGGGCUUCCUGGAAGCACUGGGGAGACUGCAGAAGAAGUUCUACUCCAAGGGCCUGCGACUGGAGUGCCCGAUUCGCACCUACUUGGUGACAGCGCGCAGUGCAGCCAGCUCGGGGGCCCGGGCUCUCAAGACCCUGCGCAGCUGGGGCCUAGAGACGGAUGAGGCCCUGUUCCUUGCAGGAGCACCCAAGGGCCCCCUUCUGGAGAAGAUUCGCCCGCAUAUCUUCUUUGACGACCAGAUGUUCCAUGUGGCUGGGGCUCAGGAGAUGGGUACGGUGGCCGCCCAUGUGCCUUAUGGCGUGGCUCAGACAUCCCGGCGGACCUCACCUACGAAGCAGGCCCCCCCUGCGCAGUAGCUGAGCCAGCAGCCUCGCUGACUCACAGGCGUGGUUCCCUGUCAUACACGUCGCCUGAUGGACCCUUCUGGUUCCUCACUUCUCUGCUCUUCUGCAUGUCUGCCCUCAUCCCUGGGAGUGAGGUACCUGCAGGAAACUGCAGACAGGGCCAGCAUCUUCACCAGCCCUCCUUUUAGGCAAACACUGUGCCAUGAUCCUGGCUCAGAAAGUAAGACUGUGCAGAGUAGCUGAGUUUCAGGGGGAAGUUGAUGAGACUGAGGGUGGGAGAGUCAGAGCAGCCAGGAUGCCUCAAAGGGGGCUUCUGAAACUAGCUCAGUGUAGUACAAAGAGAUGGGAUCUGGCUUCUAAGCUCUGUCUUGGCAAGUUAAGUGUAUGACUUUAAGUUCCCUUGCAAGGGACUCUAGGAUGAGGUGACCUCCCCCCGAGGUGCGCUGGUGAACACUCCGUCCUUGCAGUAGCCCCUGCAGCCCCUUUGUCACCAUUUCCUGGGGGAGAACGCUCACUGCUUGAUGAGUCAGUUUCCCCAUCUUCUAGGUGGUCUUCAAACUCUCUUUUAGCUGAAGAAGCUUGGUUUUUAUGAGAUUGCCCUCUUCGAUGGAAGCAUUGUGUGCCAGGGCUGCUCUUGAUAUACAUGGCACUUUUGUACAAGUUAUAGAAGGACGAGGUCUUUGGAAUGAAUUAUGAAAGGAGAACUGUUCCUGUGAACUGACCCAGACCACAGUGGGGUUCACAGCUUGGUUAGCAGGAUAUAGGCUGGAUUUCAGCCCCUGCUGGCUCCUGAGCCCAGAGGCCUUUGUCAAAUGGGCAAGAUAUGCGCAAUCAACCACAACCACUUCCCUACAGUUUUACACAUGUGGGAACCACUGGACUAGAUGGCCUGUCUGCUUCCUGCAAUCCUGUUGAGUCAUCAAGGGUCCACAGCCAGGCGCAAGAAUUUGUGGAAGGAGUGAAUUUAACCUGCAUGCAAACUCUGCUAUGGCCAGCAGGGGGCACUGCCUGAUCAGUGCUUCCUUUGCUUUUGUUUUCUAGCCAAAUUUAAUUUGUUCCUCCCUGCCAACUCUCUCAUCUCAGCCUUUACUCCCUCCGUGAUUUUAUCCUGCUUUGCUGCCAAGCAGCCCUGUUUGUGGAGGAAGAAGUGGAGAGCUAGUGUUCACCAUUGUGAGCUCAAACGCAAGGAAGAAAGUUCAGUGACUGAAGUGGGAGGUCCUCCAGGAUUAGCCCGAGGGAAGGCCUGCCUGGGGGGAUGUAGAAAGUGUGAAGAGGUCUGGUUUGGGUUGUGACUGAUUAGUGAGGAAGGAGCUGAAAUGUGCACUAGCAAGCUUCUCCAGCGACGGGAUUCUGAGUGGAGGUGGUGAGCUCUUUGGCUCUAAAGAUGCUGUGCAAGAGACUCCAGGGUGAGGUGACUGGUGAACUUGCAGGAGCCGCUGCAGCCCCUUUGUCACCACUUGCAGGGGAGAACUCUCAUUGCUUGAUGAGUCAGCCUCUUCCUUUGCUGACAAGCCUGGCUCUCUCUGGAGAGAAGGUGGGAGCGCCAAUGAUUAAUCCCACAGGAAGAUCCAAAGGGGUAAGCAGACAUCAGUGGCGGGGACUGAUUGUCUAGCUCCCCAGGGGGAUUCCCAGCUGUGAGCAACCACUUUAUGAGGCAAGCCAAAGGUGCUAUUGGAGGUGUAUGCAGGGGAGCUGGAAUGCUUCUGGGGGCAGGGAAAGGAGUGAUGGGCAAUGUGGAGCCUGUCCUUUGUCCUUUUGAGGACUCAGCCCAGGGUCCGAAUGGCCCAGGUUCUGGGCAGUGUAGGGCAUAGUAGCAGAGUCAGAAAAAUAACCCAGGAGGGAGAACAAAGUAAGAAGACUGAGCUGGCUCUGGAAAUGAGCAGCAGUUUGUGUGAGAAGAGUCCUGGGCUCAGCUGUCCCUCUCAGUGCUGGAGCAGCCAGGAGUCUGACUGUGCGGAGGAAGGGUAAGGCUGUGCCGCAGAUGGGGAGUGGAGGGGUGCUGAGGCAACUCUGCUGACGCCUUAUCGGGGAAUGGGCAAGUGAUAAAGGUGUCCUUGCACGAGGUCAUUCCCAGCCACAGUCAGGAUCCUUCCAGGCCUCCGGUCAGAGGACCUGGUUGGGAGCUCUUUCCUCUGCCAAAGCUCAGCCCAGCCAGAGAUACUGCGAGGCCUGAGGACGACCUCGAGGAGAUGAAAAGGAAGUGAGGGAAGGAGAUCAGCCCCAGUCACCCUUGCUCUUGGCCAAACCACACCAAGGCCUUCUGCCUUACCUCCCUCUGCGGUCAGAAUCACCGCUUGGAUAAGCCUCCAGGGCUCUCAGAGCCAGCCGGUAGCCAAAAGAAGCCUGAGAGGCUGGGCACAACCGAGGCUCACUGCCUGGACUAGGCUGAGUGACCAGGGUGGACACGUGCACUUCGAGGGCAGCACUAGAUGUCACCUAAUUAAGAUACACCCCAGGGACUCUGAGACCAAGAGGUCUUGCCUCUAGGACCUCGUGAUUACAGGGCUGAUUCUUCCAGGGCUCUCAGGAAGCAGGAAUAUAUGAUGUGGAAAGCAGCAAGAUAAGGUGCGCUAAAAGCUAUCUAUUUCACUGGAGCACUGUUAACAGACUUGGAUAGCCCUGGGCAAUGAGAGACACGAGGGUCCAAAUUCUAUAAUUGAAACCAUAAAUGAGCAUUUCAGGCCUGGAAAAGAGCUUUCAGUGGCUGCAAUAAAAGGCCAGAAGUCCUGGGGGCAAGCUGAAGCAGCUGCCAGACACACCUUCUGAUUGUUUCAAGUGGUGAGGAGGUGUGCUGGGGAGAAGAUUGUUUAUUGUGUCAGCAGGCAAAUUAAAAGUGAACGUGAAAGAGGAGAGUGAAAAAAGCUGGCUUAAAACUCAAGAUUCAAAAAACAAAAAUCCAGUCCCAUUCCAAAAACGGUGUCCAGUCCCAUCACUUCAUGGCAAAUAAAUGGGGAAACAAUGGAAACAGUGACAGACUUUAUUUUCUUGGGCGCCAAAAUCACUGGAGAUGGUGAUUGCAGCCAUGAAAUUAAAAGACGUUUGCUCCUUGGAAGAAAAGCUAUGACCAACCUAGACAGCAUAUUAAAAAGCAGGGACAUUACUUUGCCAACAACGGUCCAUCUAGCCAAAGCUAUGGUUUUUUCAGUGGUGAUGUAUGGCUGUGAGAGUUGGACCAUAAAGAAAACUGAGUGCCAAAGAAUUGAUGCUUUUGAACUGUCGUGUUGGACAAGACUCUUGAGAGUCCCUUGGACUGCAAGGAGAUCCAACCAGUCCAUCCUAAAGGAAAUCAACCCUGUAUAUUCAUUGGAAGAACUGAUACUGAAGCUGAAACUGCAAUACUUUGGCCACCUGAUGCAAAGAGCUGAUUCAUUGAAAAAGACCCUGAUGCUGGGCAAAAUUGAAGGCAGGAGCAGAAGGGGAUGACAGAGGAUGAGAUGGUUUGAUGGCGUCACUGACUCGAUGGACAUGUAUUUGAGCAAGCUUUGGGAGUUGGUGAUGGACAGGGAAGCCUGGUGUGCUGCAGUCCAUGGGGUUGCAAAGAGUCAGACACGACUGAGCAACCGAACUGAGGCAAAUUAAAAAGCCAUACAAGCACCAGAGCCCCUGGCCCAGCCAGGGACGGCAGCGAUGGAGCAGAGAGGACACAGCUUCUAACCAAAAGCAUGGCACUCCUGCAGAACAUGUCCCAGGAAAUACUUACCAACCAAGUCCCAGACCCAGUGGAAACUGCCACUUAGUUAAAACAGAAGCCCUGUUACUACGCACUGAGACUUCCAAGGUCACUGCAAAACAGUCCUCUCCAUUUUCUGAGAACCCAGUCAGAGCGAUGGGGAUAUAGCAGAAGAUGCCAGAGAAGUUGAAAUCAGAAGGAAGUCUAAAUCCAAGGUGGAUUCAGCAUUAUAAUGAUAUUCAGCUGGUGUGCACUAGUCCAGCCAAACUGGUGCUUAUAAUACUGAAAUGCCUCCAUAACAGUUAUAAAUAGCAUUGUCCUGAGCCCCUGAGUGCCCCCUCCCCGUUGCCUCAGCUGCCCUGGCCCCUCUGUCUUCUCACAUUUCAGCAAAAAGGGGCUGUGGGAGCCUGUGCCAGCAUGAUGGAUGGCCGGUGUCCACUCUGGUGGUCUCCCGGCUCUGCUGGCUUAGAGAGGUGAAGUGAGUUGUCCAAAGUCACACAGCUGGGAAGUGGCAGCAGGAGAACUCAAGCUCAUGUCUGUCUGAUGCUGGGAAUCAGGCUCUCAACUCUUCUGCCAAAUGGCCCAUCCACGUGCUUAGAUGUGACGCUUCUUAACACCGGACAGCCAGUUGAACAUAUCGACUCCCUGCCUGGCAAAAUGACACAAUAGACUUGAGUGGGUACAUCUUUGUUGCAGCUUCCCAAACAGCAAAGAAGAAUUUAAGCUAGAAUCAAACAUUUGCAGACUUUCUGAAGCACCUCCAGACACCCCCAUGUUCUGUGGAAUUCCGCAUGUUUGGGCUGAUGCUGGGUUUGGCAAACUGUGGCACCUUGAGCCAAAUCUAGCCCACCUGUUUUCCUUUUAAUGAUUUUUUUCUUAUGUCUGGCUGUGCAGGGUCUCGGCUGCUGCAUGGGGUUUUCUCUAGCUGCGGCAAGCAGGGGCUACUUUUUAGUUGUGGUGUGCGGCCUUCUCCUUGUGGUGGCUUCUCUUGUUGCGGAGCAGAGGCUCUAGGGUGCGUGCAGCCUUCAGUAGUUGCAGCGCAUGGGCUUAGCAGUUGUGGCUCCAGGCUCCAGGGGGGCCUUUGGCAAGUGCCUCAACUUUCCUGGGAUUAUUUUCUCCCCUCAGUUGCAUCUGACUCUUUUUUAUCACCCCAUGGACUGUAACCUGCUAGGAUCCUCUGUCCAUGAGAUUUCCAAGGCAAGAACAGUGGAGUGGGUUGCCAUUUCUUUCUCCAUCUAACACCUGUUUUUGUAAAGAAAUUUUAUUGAAAUAUAGCCAUGCCCAUUUGUUUACAUAUGUCUUCAGCAUUUGAACUACAGCAAGAGAGUUCAAUUGCUUCAACAGAAACCAAGGAGCUGAAAAUUUUCCUCUGGAUCUUUGUGGAAAGAGUUUGCUGACCCCUGAGUUAAGGCAAACAUCCCUGGCCUACUCCUCGUGGGAGAGACCAGCUUACAUCCACCUAAGCAUUCAGAGGUAGAGGCUGGCUAGGUUGCAGAGGGGGGCAGCAUGAGUGGGUUCUGUGCCCAUCUGCAGUCAUCAUCAGGGGUUGUAGGCAUUGAGAAUCUUGAUGCUAAACACUGUAGGCCCUUAGCAUCUGAAGGCUGAAGAUUUCAAGGUCUGUUUUCAAGUGCCAUGGCACAUAGUAAUUUGGAAUUUCGAUGCACACAUAUGAUUUGAUUGCUGGGUGAGGGGCAGGGAACAGGACCCCUGGCUAAAGCUGAGCCCAGCUGGCUGGCUAGUAUCUGCUCAGCACAGCUGUGUGGUUCUCAGCUCAUGAGUGCCCCUGAGGAGUUUCUUGAGAAGUGAUAAGUGCUGGUAGAUAGAUGGGCCUUAGGUAAAUAUUAGUUUGGGAUAAAGUGAAGUGCCCCCUGUUGACUUAAGGACCUUGAUCUAACGAGUCAUCCACAUGCUGUCUGUGGAAGCAAGAAAUAGCUCUUCACAAAGAGGAUUCCAGGGAGAAUUUCAGCUGGCUCAGAAGUUACUGAUCAAGUAAGAUAAAACUCAGGUGAAAGCUGGAAUGACAGUUUUCUUGUGGUUGUGAGAGGGUCACAGACAUACAUACCCUCAUGCUGGAAUUGUGGGUCAGGAGAAAUCUGGAGAUUUAGGGAACGGCAAGUGGUGCUUACUGCCAUGGUUGCUGGCACUGUGCCACAGUAGAAGGAUACCCUUCAGUGCUAAGCGCAGACCUGGCUUCAGAAGCCUUCUCAACCCAGCAUUCUAGGCAGCCACCACUGGUGAGAUGGAGUUGACACGAAAGAUGAAAAACCUGUUUUGCCAUCCCUAUUGGUGGUGGAUAUUGCUCUCCAGGGGGGUGUGCAAGGCCCUGAAUGUUUGUUCUCUGAUGCUGUGCUGCAACUCUGAGGAUGCCAGGGUCUCACCUGGCUAGGUGAGAGGAGGGAGGCAGGGAGAGGACGGAGAAUGGCAUCCUGUGUUGGCAGCUUCCUUAGAAGGGGUGCCUGAGGACUUCCCUGGUGGUCCAAUGGUUGAGAAUCUGCCUGCCAAUGAAGGGGACACAGGUUCGAUCCUUGGUCUGGGAAGAUUCCACAUGCUGUGGGUCACCUAAGCCCAUGCGCCGGAACUACUGAGCCUGCGCUCUAAGGCCUGCGGGCGGCAGCUACUGAGCUUGCAUGCCCUAGAGCUGUGCUCUGCAACAAGAGGAGCCACCGCGAUAAGAAGCCGGCGCAUCACAACUAGAGAGUAUCCCCCACUCCCCACAACUAGAGAAGACCUGGUGCAGCCAAAAUUGAAAUAAAGUAAUUUUUAAAAAAUAAAAGAAGAGGUGCCUGAGAA